AUGAUGGAGGACUUCAACAGUGAGACAGACAGUGACUACACAAGCUACUGGAGAGACUGGUUUGUGUCAUCGCGAGGAAAUGAAUACUUUUGCGAAAUCGAUGAGGAUUACUUGACCGACCGGUUCAACCUCACGGGCUUGAACACUGAGGUCCCCUACUAUCAAUAUGCUCUGGACCUGGUGACCGACGUUUUCGACCUCGAUGCCGACGACGAUCUGCGUGAGCAAAUCGAGAAGUCGGCUCGUCAUCUUUAUGGCCUAGUCCAUGCCCGAUACAUCGUUACCACACGCGGCCUAGCCAAGAUGCUUGACAAAUAUAAGAAAUGCGACUUUGGCAAGUGUCCCCGCGUCCUUUGCGAUGGACACCCUCUCUUGCCCAUGGGCCAACAUGACCUCCCAAACAUGAGCACUGUCAAGCUCUACUGCCCGAAAUGUGAAGAUAUCUACAACCCUAAAUCCUCCCGCCACGCCUCCAUUGACGGUGCUUACUUCGGCACUUCAUUCCACUCUAUCCUAUUCCAGGUGUACCCUGCCCUCAACCCCGAGAAGAGCCAGCGCCGCUAUGAGCCACGCAUCUACGGUUUCAAGGUCCACGCUGCAGCCGCUCUCGCACGCUGGCAAGACUGCUGCCGUGAGGACAUGCAAGACCGCCUCGCUGAAUUCGGCAUGAGCCACAAAUUCGUCGAAGAAAGCGACAGCGAAGAGGAGAACUACGAGUACGGCGAAGAGAACGAGCCUGCAAAGACGGAGAAGGUCGCCGGGGAUGCGGCAUCGGGUCGCAUGGAUCUGGGUAACUGA